AUGCUAUUUUCAGUAGAGGUGCACGGAUUGCAACUUUCUGGCCAAUCACCGAUCUUUAAAAAGCCUGACCUGCUGAUUCCAAUUUUGGCCUAUACCAAUUUUUUAUAACUGACAGCAUACACCUUCAAUGUUCCAAUCUUAUUUUAUUGAAAAACAUUGAACAAUAUCUGUGAAACAAUACAAACUUGUUGUUUUAACUGCACAUGAGGUAGUUCUCUCAAAUAUAAAUGAAAAGUUUAGAGCAUUGCUGUCCAAAUGACUAAAUUAUAUAUCAGUUCUUUUAGUCUUUCAUUUUUCACAUUUUAGUAGGUAGAGGCAUAUGAAACCGAUCUUACCCACCAAUCUUAUUUACAAGGAUUGGCCGAUCGCCUGUCUCCUAAAAUUAUGGAAAUCGGCGCCGAUACCGAUUUGGCCGAUUGAUCGGUGCACCCCUAAUUUUCAGCUAUUUUUGUGCUUUUGGCUAUUUUCAGCAGUUCUUCCACAAUUUAGCUCUCAGCAUCAGCAAUUUCAGCUGAAAUUGCAAAUUUGAUCUAGUUUUCACUAGAAUUGUUUCAAAAUUUAAAUUUUGGUACCAUGAAAAGUUACAACCUCAGCACACUGCUAUGUCCCCACAACCCAUGCGUUUUAUAAUCAUCCUUUUAAGUGUAUUUGACCUUGAGGUCUGUUACAACUGAAUUAAAGCAGCUCUCCCCCUCGCUUAGGCCAUUACACAAAAUCUUGUGUCUGUAAAGUCUACUAAAAUGCGUUUAACACCCCUCAUGCUUCAUAAAUCACGCUGCCAAUGUUCACUGUCGUGCAGCAUUGCGGCGGUUAACUGUUUCCUUCCUCUUUGAAACAAUGAUCAAAUAUAAACACCAUUAAGCCAUGGAGCAGGGGGUGAGUUGUAUAGAAUUGGUUUACUUGAACUUUAUUGCGCCGCUGAGUGCCCAUUAAGAUACCGGGGAAAGUGCCGUAACUGCUUUUGAAGAACUCAGUGCAAACAAUGUAUUGACGUUCACCGUCAAAGUAAAAGCCUUGUCUUUUACAGCUUAAAAAGAAAAGUUAAAUCACUGAUGAAUGUGACGCAGCUUCGAUAAAUGCUGCAGGUGAGCUCGCGGGGUAGCGGGAACACGCUCCACGCGCACUGUUUGUUAAUUGAGUUCUGUAGCUCACUCCAACAUAAUUGGUUUACCACGAGGGCUGCUGUUUAAUGGGGCGAGAGGACACCUGCUAAGGGCUAAUGGCUAGCAAACAGAACAAGAGUGCACGUGCGCGGACGCUCUGUUUGUGGAGCGCGAGGGACCUGUGUGUGGGCCUCGCGGGCCCAAAUGGUGUUAAAUGACGCAUUUACAGAAGUGUAAUGGGUUUAUUGUAAAAGUCAGAAAGGUGCAGACGAAUAAUAAAAAAAAUGUGCCGAGCUAGUUUAUUGUUUUAGCUUGUCUCCAGAUGUUUCCAGGACAACUGUGGCCUCUUAUCUCGCAGGUCAACCCACGCUCGCGCCAGUAUGCAUCGAUUUACCAGAAGAGAUAUAACCAUAUAAAUUGUCGAUGCUUGAUUGUUUGAGAAUAAUCGUGAUAGACGUGUAUCUAUAGUGCUCUCUACACUCUUAAAGCAGCGUCUAUGCUCGUGUGUGUUGCCGCUUAGGGGACAAACACAGGUGGAUGCAGGUAAACGUUGACAGAGUGGCAUUGAUCCACGCGCCCACGGUGUUCAAUUUAGUGAAAAAUCCCACAAGCUGCAGAAUAUCCUGGAUACUAAGGGAGCUUUUGGUUUUGAGCAAACAGUGAAACCAAUGACUUUGUUGCUGCUUGGUCACAUGGUGGCAGAGUGACACACCUGUCUGGAGGCCCUGCAGUUGCGCCACACACACCCAGGUAGAGCAGAAGGUCCACGCGUGGAGACGGAGCACAGGUACAUGCGUAACAGAAGAAGCCAUGAAUCGAGAAGAUCAUUUUUACCCCUCUCAGGUAUUCAAGGACUCCUGUGCCUUCCAGAGAGCCCAUCAGGGGGAGGACUACAGCCACAGCCCGCCGCCCUGCCUCUACAUGAACAGGCAGGGACACUCCGUCUACACUCCGCCGGCCAUGGGAGCCUUAGAGCCGGCCAGCCUGACUGACAUCGCCCCUUCUACUUACGCGUUACCCAUGAGGGAGGACCCUCAGCUUCUCCAUCACCAGGGGCUCCAGCAGCACCAGCAACCCCCUCCUGUGUCAGGGUUUGGAGACACGGGGGAGCAGAGCAGAUACCACCUCCCUUUCCCCUGGAUGAAAACCACCAAAUCUCACUCACACACCUGGAAGGCACAGUGGGCAGGGCCGUACGUGAUGGCAGAAACUGAAGAAAACAAACGCACGAGGACAGCCUACACGCGCGCGCAGCUCCUCGAGCUCGAAAAAGAGUUCCUAUUCAACCGCUACAUCUCGAGGCCGCGGCGCGUGGAGCUCGCGCUCACGCUGAGCCUCACCGAGCGACACAUCAAGAUCUGGUUUCAGAACCGGCGCAUGAAGUGGAAGAAAGAGGAGGACAGGAGGAGGGCGAGGGGGGCAGACCCGGACCAGGACUCCUCCAUCACCUCCGGAGACCAGGGGGAGGCCGCGGGAGGGGUCACCUCCACCUCACCGCCGGUUUCCCCGCUGAACCGCCACCCCCUGUCCGCUCCACCACACAGAGAACCCUCCUAGACCUGCAGGACUGCCGCAGAGACUGGGACUUAAACUCCUUGUACAGUCACUUUUCAUUCUGAGAGGAUUUUUAUUUAAGGUCCAGAAUUUAAAAAACAGCAUUGUCUCCAGAAUGGCGCCAUCUUUUUCAAGGACUCCCAUGAACUUUAGGGACUUUCUUUCUCAUCUUUAUACACCGUUAUUCCAGGACAUUAUUCAUACGUCACCAUUUUGACAGCGACAUCACACAACAGUCACAAAGGCCUACUUUAGCCCUCAGGCCCUCCUUUAAAAAAAUCACACUCUCCCUCUUAAAGCCCUUUUAGGACAUUGGGUAUAUUUAGAAAUACUAAACAUGAAAGAAAAAACUUUAUUUAAAUUUUUGGUCCUCAACUCCAGUCCUCAUCAUGUAUUGCAAAUGUGAAUUCAUUUUCAUAAUUAUAAUUUUUCACCAGACUCUGAC